AUGGAUUCGAAGGAUGUAAUCUCGGCUCAUGUCGAAAAUCCUGCAGUGGAGCAGGUAGCUAGGGAGAACCCCCCAGAUAUCCUAGCACACGACGAAAAUGUGUACUUCACAGUUGAGGAAGAGAAGCGGGUCUUACGAAAGAUUGAUAUGCGGGUUCUGCCGUUGAUGUUAGGAGCGUACUUUCUCCAACAACUGGACAAAUCGUCUCUCUCCUCUACCUCAAUAUUCGACAUCCAGAAAGCUGCAGGACUUCAUGGUAGACAGUACUCCUGGCUUGGUUCUGUCCUGUACAUUGCUCAACUUGUCAUGCAGCCGCUCGGCGCAAUACUCCUCGUCAAGCUUCCCACUGGAAAACUGAUCUCUACUGCUAUCUUCUUCUGGGGUGUUACUAUGUGUGGUAUGGCAGGAUGUAAGAACUUUCAACAGUUACUAGCAACAAGAUUUCUCUUGGGUGCUUUUGAGAGUUUGAUUGGUAAGCAGCUUCCUUCUCAGACCAUAACAUCAAAACUGACAUACAAAGGUCCUUCUCUUGUUGCGGUAACGCAGAUGUGGUGGCGUCGAUCAGAGCAAACUAAUCGAACCUCAGCAUGGAAUGCAAUGAAUGGAUUUACUGUCGUUUUUGGCAGCUUGAGUACUUAUGGAUUAGGACAUAUCAAGUCAGACACACUUCACUCUUACCAGGUACGCUUUGCAAUCUGUUACAGCCAAUAUGAAGACCCGGUGACUAAUUCCCAACCAGAUCAUUUUUCUCUACUGCGGAGGCUUGACUCUCGUAUUCUCCGUCAUAUCAUUCAUCUUCUUCCCGGAUUCGCCAAUGGAAGCGAAAUUCUGGAAAGAAGGCGAACGAGACAUUGCAAUUGAGCGUCUCAGAGCCAAUCAAAUGGGUAUCGUAUCUCGAAAGUGGAGAUGGGAUCACGUAUGGGAAGCAGUUCUGGAUCCCAAAACGUGGUGUUGGUUUUGCCUCUGCAUGACCAUAUCGUAAGUAUCUCUUUCUUUUCCAUUUGCCAAGUCUAGUAUUAAAUAUGAGAAAUCUAGUAUUCCAUCAGGAGGUAUCGGAACUUUUGGACCAUUAAUCGUUCAAUCUUUUGGAUUCGAUCAAUUCGAGACUAUUCUCUUCAACUUCCCUAUUGGAUUCCUCAACAUCGUUGCGAUUCUCGGCGGUGGCUGGCUUGCCACUCGCAUUAAAUCGAAAGGCGUUGUUAUAUCUAUCCUCGCAACUCCAUGUAUCGUUGGGGCAGCGAUGCUGCUUACUUUGCACCGUGGCAAAGGUUCAAAGGGCCCUCUGUUAGUUGCGUACUACUUUACUUCUUUUUUGUCCGGUAUCACUCCUUUGGUGUAUAGUUGGCAUGUCCAGAAUACUGCUGGUGACACCAAGCGAAAAGUUACUACAGGCAAGUCUGAAUUCAAUAAUUCGGGUAGCUCUCAAUUAACAAGCCAGGUAUCGUCUUCGUCGGAAUGUGUGCAGGAAAUAUCAUCGGUCCCCUGCUCUACUCGGUAGAAGAUAAGCCUUAUUACCGCAAAGGACUAAUCUCCAACUUAAUCAUGUUUGCCCUUUUGGAGGUCUUGGUAGUGUAGGCCGCCCCUCACCGUCACAAGUACCCGCUUCUUCAAUCUAACAAACCAACAGACUCAUAAUGCUCUACCUAAACUUCCUCAACAUAAAACAUUCGCAUAUGCGAACCGCCGUCGGAAAUUCUGCAGUCAUGGUUGAUGAAUCCAUGUUACGGAAGACGGAUUUGCAGAAUCUGGGAAAAGGAGUUGAUCAACAGGCCACGUCAAGGGAUCAGGAUAAGUCGUUUGCGGAUGUGACUGAUUUGAAGAAUGAGGAUUUUAUCUAUGUGUAUUGA